AUGACUAACAAUCUCUCCUUCCAUAUAUUUCUCAAACCCUCUUUUUUGUUUCAAAUUAUUAGUUUUUGUCAAUUACUCAAUAUUAGUUACUGCCCACCAAUAGAGGAAGACAUUCCAGAAGGGAAAAGUUUGGUAAUAGUGGCAUAUAAUCCUCUUGGUUGGCCCCGUGUCGACAUUGUUAAAAUAAUGGUUAAUGAUGUCAAUCUCGUUGUUAAAGAUUCUUCAGGCAAUACAAUUAAGGCACAGUAUGUAAGUUUAGACAAUGUUACAAAGAACUUGAGAAAUUUCUAUGCACAAGCUUACUUGGGACAAUCACCAAAACAAGCUCCAAAGUAUUGGCUUCAUUUUCAAGUUUCUGUACUAUCGCUUGGUUGGAAUACUUACUUUGUCUCAAAGGCAUCUAGUACAGGUAAAAACAGGAAUUUACUCUCCAAGAUAAAGAAUCCACAAAAUGAUACCAUUGAAGUUGGGCCUAGAGAUUUAAAGCUGACAUUUUCAUCUACCUCAGGACAACUAAAACAGAUAUACAAUUCUAAAACUGAGGUUGAUGUACUAAUACAACAGAGCUAUCUCUGGUAUGGUUCAAGCAUUGGUGAUUCUGAUUCUCAGGUAAGCACUUCAUGUGCUAUGGCUUCAAGGGCAUAUAUUUUCCGGCCUAGUGGGGCACCUCCAACUAUUGUUUCAAGAUCAGUUCCACUAAAGGUCAUUCGUGGAGCUUUAGUUGAUGAGAUUCACCAAGAGUUUAAUUCAUGGAUCUAUCAGGUUACCAGGCUUUACAAGGACAAAGAACAUGCUGAAGUUGAAUUCACAAUUGGUCCAAUCCCCAUAGAUGAUGGUGUUGGGAAAGAGGUCAUCACGCGAUUGGCAACGAAUAUGGAAACGAACAAAGUUUUCUACACCAAUUCGAAUGGAAGGGAUUUUCUUAAACGAGUUCGAGAUUAUAGAGAAGAUUGGUCUCUUUCAGUUACUCAGCCUGUAGCGGGAAACUAUUACCCACUUAAUCUUGGAAUUUUCAUGGCGGAUAAGAAAUCUGAAUUAUCGGUAUUAGUUGAUUGUGCCGCUGGGGGAGCCAGCAUUGCAGAUGGACAACUAGAGUUGAUGCUGCACAGGUAAAAAUUUCCACAUAUUCAUAUUCUCAGCAACUAGAGCUGAGGUGUUCACAUUAUACAUAUAUGGAUUAA